ACAGUUGGGUGGUUUAGCUGUCAAUCACAGAUACAGGCUCUUUUUACAGUAGGUUGAGAAGAACGAUUGAGUAUAUCUCUGUUCAGAUUAACGCAGUGCUGUUGGUUAAAAAAGUGAUAUAUCCAGCUGGGUAAAUUGUCAUUUCUUAGGAUAUUUGUCAUAUUCUGACGAAUAGGUUUUGGGUUUUUUUUAUUCACCAAAGCGGACUGUUUUUCGAAGCCAUGUCUUCGGACGAAGACCGAGCAAAGGAGAUUCUGAAGGGCUUUAAAUUAAACUGGAUGAACCUGAGGGACGCAGAGACGGGGAAAGUUCUCUGGCAGGGGACUGAAGAUCUCUCUGUUCCUGGUGUAGAACAUGAAGCUCGGGUUCCCAAAAAGAUCCUAAAAUGUAAAGCUGUUUCCAGAGAGCUUAAUUUCUCCUCAUCGGAAAAGCUGGAAAAGUUUCGUCUGGAGCAGAAGGUUCUCUUCAAAGGCCAGUGUCUAGAAGAGUGGUUCUUUGAAUUUGGCUUUGUGAUCCCUAAUUCUACAAACACAUGGCAGUCCUUGAUAGAGGCAGCACCCGAGUCACAGAUGAUGCCUGCUAACGUGUUAACUGGAAAUGUUGUCAUAGAGACGAAAUUCUACGACGACGAGCUUCAUGUCAGCACCUCUCGAGUACGGCUUUUCUACGUCUGAGAUGUGAAGCCUCUCCUUUUUUAAAUUCUGUCAUUCAGAAGGAUGCACACAUCGCUGUGAGUUUUUUUUAAUGGCCAGACGAGACUCUGCUUAAUGAGUAUUUCCAUGGCACCAUGACAACGGCACUAAAGGGAACAAGUCGAGCAAACUAAAUUUCAGGUUAAACAGUCAUACCAGUUUAAUGACAGAUAAAGACUUGGAAACAAGGGCAGUGAUGCUCAUGUCAACCUGACCAUGUAAAUUGUUUUAUUUGUACAUUUUUUUCCCCCCUCACUUAUCCUUUUUUUUUUUUUUUUUUUUUUUUUUUUAUCCUGCAUUGUAUACUGCUUCCUUGCAUUCUGUUUUUAAAUAUUUGCUGCCAGUUCCUGUGGUUGCUAAUAUCAUUGUUUUUUAACAAACUUGUAAGAUAGGCAGUGUUUAAAUACAUGAUGUAAUUAUGGGUUUAAAAUUUGAUAUCCUUGAGUGAUGCCUUUUUCCUUUGACUCUGCUGUUUGUUUUCUUUUUAAAUAGGUAUAUUCCUAUAAGACUAUCAGUACCAGCUGUAUUAGCUCUUCCAUUUCGGGGGGAAUGAAAUCUGUGUAAAAGACAAACCAGUGGUUUUGUUGAAACUAAUCUGUGUAACCUGGCCUAUUUGAUUUCUUAUAUUAAAUCUUUUUUUGCCCAGGAUGCUCAGAAAGGUUAUCCAUCACAAUUGUCUCACCGUUUAUGUCUAUUUGACCUUCUUUAUUAAAAGCAAUGAAAUGUUGUAUAUUUA